AUGGCGGACUCACAGAGUCCUGAGGCUCGCGAGUUGAGCCUGAUAGGCAAGGUGGAAUUCAGAAUUGCUAUGGCAGACACAGACGAGAAGCUGCAGUCACUACUUGGAACGUAUUUGCCUCCCUUGUUGCUAAAGCUUGGGUCAGACAGCGUGGAAGUGCGCAACAAAAUCAUCUCGAUCUGCCAGCAUGUCAACACCCGGGUCAAAUCCCCCUCUAUUCAGCUGCCCGUGGCAGCAUUGUUGAAGCAGUUCAAGGACCAAAAUUCUCAAUUGAUUAGACAUUUUGAUCUCAUCUAUGCACAGCAAGGCAUUGAUCGCCUCGGCUCCGAAGCUAGAGUCGAAAUCCUAUUGCCCUUGCUUCAAGGUAUCUCGAAGAUCGGAACAUCACCCACCCAAGGUGCUAUCGUAUUUAAUCUGGUUUUGCGUCUAUUGCCACUUCUCAAGCUACCAGCAAAGGGCAGCGAAGAAGAUCAGCGCCUGAAGGCCCGACUCGGUCUAUCGGAUGAAGAUGCCAAAUUCUUGUCCUUUUGGCUCGCGAAAUUGUUACUUCUUACCCCUGGCCCUAGGGAAACUUCAACAUGUCCCGGUCUAUCUCCAGAUGAGUAUAACUUCUUGAACAAGGGUGCUCCCGGAAACGAGACAUGGAACCCUUCUACCGAUGGUGGCUUGAAUCUGACCGAGACAAAGGUCACUGCCCUUCGAUUCAUCGGAAGCGGUGCUUUUAAGGACCCACAACGAUUCCUCCCUUCACUGAUCGCUUCUGCUGAUCCUAACUCCCGCCUUGCCGAUCUGGGAGAUGAGACCCUGAAGCGAUUUACUGCGGAUAUUGAGAAUCCUGAUGUUGUGCAGGAGUUGUAUGAUUUGUAUUUCGGCACUGGUGGUGCUCCUCCCGCGCGCCCUCCACUCCAAGUGAAACUCCUCGUCUUUCUGGGGAAGUCCAUCAAGGCUACUGCAGACCCCCAUCGAAUAAUGAGACUCAUUGAAGAUGGGCUCCUAUCAGACUCUGCUAGAUCCUCCCAGGGGCUGCAAGCAUCGAAACUACGGACCCAGAUUUUUACGUUUACUACUUGGGUUGUCCGUAUGGGUGCACCAUCGGAUCUCAACCAAAUCGCGCCCAAACUAAUUGCAGGACUGAGGGAUUUCAUUCAGUCUCAAGGUUGGCCCAGUCCGGCAGCUAGUGGGCAGAAACUACCUACAACAGACCUCAGCUUGCGAGGUCUUGCCUACGAGAGCAUCGGUAUCAUGGUCCCCAAGGUCGACUUUAUGGCGCAAGCCGAUGCUGUAGAGAACUUUGAAUUUGACCUGGUCCGAUGGCUCUUUGCUUCCUUGAGUGCAGAUGACUCGAGUCCCCAGAUAUUCGUCAGCAUCGAUCAGGCACUAGGAAGUAUUCUCAAUUCUUCGUUAGACAGCCACGACAAGACCUUCCAGGACCAACUGCGACCAUUCCUGGUUCGUCAGAUGAGCAUGCAGCCUGGCGAUAUUGAUCCCGACACUGGUUACCGUGCUGUGCGAGGUGUUCAGUAUGCCGCAGUGCGUUUUGCGAACAGAUUCCUGCCAUUUGACGAUGUGGUCGCCCGUUGGAUCGAUCUGAUGGCUAUUGCGAGAGGCCCUGAAAGACAACAAGAAAUCGUUGAGGAAGGAAAGAAAGGUCUCCAUCCUUACUGGUACCGGCUCCUCAAUCCUGCCAAGGAUGGGAAAUGGUCAGCUUCAUCGGCAAAUCCAGUUCGCGAUGAAUCCUGGUUCGACUUCCCAAAGUUCAAUGAGGCUACUAAUUUCCUGCUUGGUUUAGGAGGGCAAGAGGAACAUUUGAAUGUUCAAUCUUUGUCUGCAUCCCAACUCCUGUCUGGUCCAUAUAAAGGUUCAUUUAUGCCUGCUAUCUCAUUCCUCCGAAAUACAUUGCUUUGGGAGGCCUUCUCAGCCUCGGGGGUUGCUGCAGACCUAGAAGAAGAUUGGGACUAUAAAUUAGAAGUGCUCCUCUCCACCAGCGUGGAGGCCCGUUUGGCCGUGAGGAAAUACAUUCGAGAGAGUGCAAAGGAGUCUGUUUUGGCAUUUUUGUCUGGCACCCUUGAAGGUCUUGUAACCGGCGAGCGUGAAGGGCUGCGGCAGUGUGGUAUUCAUUUCGUCGAAAUCUGCUCGUUAGCACCCAAUGACGUUGUUGAACACUUGAUCUCGCGUGCGACAUCCUUGAUGGACCCUAUUUGCAGUAAUAACCAAGAUAACCAGGGUAUUACUGCACGGGCAUUUGGAAUUCUGGUUUCGCAUUCUGCCUUCUCGGAGGACCAAUUGAAGAGUUUCAUCACUCAACUGACUGCUACCAUUCAAUCGUGGAAUACUGCUGUUGGUCAAGAGGUCAUGCGAGCUCGUGGGGCGAUUUUGGCGCUCUCGUAUUUGUUGAGUCGACUUGCGUACCGCGGUCUAGUGAACCGAGCCCCAGCAGCACAGACUAAGCAGUUUAUUGAAACACUAUUUGAUAUCCUAGAUGUUUCCCGGGAUACUCUUCUCCAGAGGACUGCACAAGAGGCCAUUGGACAGCUAAGUCUAUCUGGCGUGCUGUCUCUGGAUAUUAUCACAGAAGAUGGCUGGAAGAAGAUCCUGGAAAAGCUAUCGCGCGACGCCAAAACCGAGAAUCAAAUCCCUAUCAGCUCUCUGGGGUUGUUGACGAUGACCUUUUCCCGGUCUGGCUCAGACAGUACCUUGUUCAGCGAUUUCCUAAGUUCACUCUACAGUCUACAUGAAAUCCGCAGUCCCGAAGUUCAGUUCACUGUAGGCGAGGCCUUGAGCAAUGUCGCUGUUGGUUGGGAUUCCCGGGCUCUUAUCCAAGAGUUCGACAUUGAUGCAGAGUUCCCUCGCUCAGACGUCCCGCGCUCAGUGUUUACAGUCAUCUGUGACAAGAUCAUUGCCGAUUGCAUUGCGCCCAAGCCAUCUCUGCGGAAGGCGUCUGCAAUCUGGCUGUUGUCGCUGGUUAAGAACUGCGGUCACCUGCAGGAGAUGCAAGAGCGGCUGCGUAAGUGCCAAGCUACUUUCAGCAGCCUUCUUGGAAACCGGGACGAGGUGGUGCAGGAAACUGGAGCGCACGGACUCAGCCUUGUAUAUGAGAUCGGUGACCAAUCCCUGAAGGAUGAUUUGGUCCAAGAUUUGGUCGAGUCAUUCACCUCAACUGGUCCCAAUCUCGGAGGCGGCAAGAUUGAGGCCGACACACAGCUAUUUGAGCCUGGGGCCCUCCCCACUGGUGAAGGAUCGUCUGUCAAUACCUACAAGGAUAUCAUGAACCUGGCUGCCGAGGCGGGUGACCCCACUCUGGUUUACCGAUUUAUGUCACUGGCUUCAAACAAUGCUAUUUGGACAAAUCGUGCGGCAUUUGGCCGCUUCGGAAUCAGCAGCAUCUUCUCUGAUUCUAGUGUCGAUGGCUAUCUAGCGAAGAACCCCAAGAUUUACCCCAAGCUUUUCCGUUACCGGUUCGAUCCUAACCCGAACGUGCAAAGAUCUAUGAACACCAUUUGGCAAGCACUAGUUAAGGACCCUACCGUUGUCAUUGAUACCCACUUUGAUGAUAUCAUGCAGGAUCUGCUUAAGAGCGUUCUAGCUGGUCGAGAAUGGCGUGUUCGGCAAGCAAGUUGUGCGGCCGUGGCAGACUUGAUCCAAGGUCGCCGUCCGGAGAAGUACGCCCAGUAUCUCGAUGAGAUCUACAGCAAGGCGUUCAAACUACUGGAUGAUAUCAAGGAAUCUGUCCGCACUGCCGCGCUUAAGCUCUGUCAAACCAUUACCAAUUCGGUUAUCCGCACACUCGAGACGAGCGGCUCAGAGAAGCGUGCAGGUACUUUACUCAAAAGUGCUAUCCCCUUCCUCCUGAGCGACAAGGGACUGGAUUCCAGCGUGGAAGAAGUGCAAGGAUACGCAAUCGGUGCUCUUAUCUCAAUGAUCAAGAAGAGCCCUGGCAGCUUACUGCGCCCCCAUGUUCCCAACAUGCUGGAGAAAUUCCUGAGUGCUCUCAGCUCUCUGGAGCCACAGGCUGUCAAUUAUGUCCACCUCAAUGCCGACAAAUAUGGUCUCACCGGUCAAGAGAUUGACAAAAUGCGACUGUCCAGCAUUCGCACAUCCCCAAUGAUGGAGGUGAUUGAGCGGUACCUGAUUGACAACUUGGAUGAAAGCAAUCUCGAUGAACUGGCACAUAGACUCGAAGAUGUGCUUCGGUCGGCCGUGGGCCUGCCAUCGAAGGUGGGUUGCAGCCGCGUUCUAGUGCUGCUUAGUAUGAAAACCCUGCUCUUCCGCCCGUACGCAGACCGAUUUAUCCAAAUCCUGACCAAGUACGUGGUGGACCGAAACGACACGGUUAGCGCCUCGUACUGCUCAUCCAUGGGUUAUCUGCUGCGGCUCGCUUCGGACGAUCGGGUUCUCAAGACCUUUGACUAUGCCAAAAACCUGUAUCUGACAGCUGAGGAUGCCACCCCACGGGUGAUCUCCGGUGAGAUUCUGUACUCGGCGUCCAAAUUGUCCAACGAUCGGUUUAUGGCAUUUGCGGCGAGCGCGUUGCCGUUUGUCUUUGUGUGUAAGCACGAUGGCGACGAACAUGUGAAAGAGCAGUUUGAGAAGACAUGGCAAGAUAACGUCGGUGGGUCGCGCGCCGUAUCACUUUACAUUCGUGAGAUUGUGGGGCUCGUUUCGGACAAUUUGGACUCUCCCCGCUGGGCUAUUAAGCAUACGGCCGCACGGGCGAUUGCACAAGCAGUUUUAUCGCUUGACGCAGAGAUCGACCUUCCGACGGCUCAAUUGGUUUGGCCGGUAUUAGAGCGUGCUCUGGCGGGGAAGACGUGGGAAGGUAAAGAAGUGGUGCUUAAGGCACUAGUGAAAUUUAGUUCGCAAGCCCAAAAGUUGUGGCAAGCCAAUGAGGAGUUGAGGAACCUAAUGAAGACUAUUACGGUUCGCGAAGCGAAGCGCGCUAACGUGCUCUACCGGCCGCAUGGACUGCGAGCAAUGGGCGAGAUCGCACAGGCUCGCAAGGACCUCAAUUUCAUGCCGGAUGCAUUAAAUAUUAUUCCGGGGGUGGUGGAAGAGAUGGAAGACCAAGACCAAGACCAGAUGGAGAUAGACUCGAGGAAUGGGCGCGGCUCGACCCAAGAUGACACCCUUGCGGCGUGUGUACAAUGUCUCCUGCAAUGUUUCAACCCCACCGCCGGUUCUGGUGAAGUGCUGGGGAAGUACUUGGAACAGGUGACCGGCCCGCUGGCUCAAGUCCUCCACCAAGGUGGACGACAGGUCGUGAGCACGGGCUACGAUGAGCUCCGGGCGUUCUUUACGCGAGUGGAUCAGUGGAUCGUUUCACCGGAUGCCUUCGGUGAACAAAUGGCCGCACCCUUGACUGCUCUGGCGGACAAGAUUCUCACGGGGGAAGUAGACGGGUCUGUCGAGGCCAUCCGCAAGGGUCGUGCAGAGGCCAUUCUAGCGUACCUGAAACUAUGUCCGCAUGCCCAAGCGGGCGUGCCUGACACACUUAUCGUCCGAGUUCGAAGUCUUCGAGAACGGUAUAAAGCAUUGAGAGUACCCUACCUUAUGACGGCAACCAGUCUGGUCAUGCAAAACAGACGGAGCAAAGUCUCUGGGAAACCUCCUCUCCGGUUGCCCAUCAUUGCCCCCAAGGAAGAUCUAUUCGAUGCCUUUGCCAAGUCCGAAAAGACAUUGAUCGCUCCACCGCGCAUCCGCUUGCCUCCGCGAUCUCGUACCGGUUGUUGGACAUGCCGAAGUCGAAAGGUCAAAUGUGAUGAAGGACACCCGCAAUGUAAUCAAUGUACACGUCUAGGCCAUACUUGCGAUUAUCGCCCUCGGCUAGCCUUUCGCGAUGAUACCCCUCGUAUCAUGGGCCGCAUGACCGAUGUCAAGACAAAUGGCCAUGUUGUUUGGGAUCUCACUUCGCCCAGUUCUAAUGAUGAGAAAACCGAUUAUUUCUCGUCCGGGGAUUCACUCCCGCCCUUUUCCCUACUCACUUCGGACGAAGAGCGCGAAAAGAAAGCAGAGGCCUUUAGUCCCGGCACGUACCAUGUCGUCAUGACACCAGACAGUUUCUCCUCACUGCCAGAAUAUGCAGACGAUGCAAUUGAGAAAGCUAGAUCAAAUCUCAGCGAGUGUAGGAGCUCUACGGCUAAUAGCCCUACGAGUGCAGCCAAGGGCGACUUCAGUACCAGAGGUGAAGAUCCCAAUGUGGUGAUUUUGAAGACUUUUGAAGAUGCUACGAGGCGCUCGCCGUCGAAUGGAAAGAUCUCGAGGAUCUCACCAACAUCGGAGAUCUCGGAUCCUUUCUGCAAUCUGUCCCUCUCGCCAAAUUUCACUUCGCUUCCUUCGCCCGAUGUCAAGGUAGAGGAGAUGACUUUCUUGGAUCCGCGUCCUGAUCAGCAAAGUCAGGAUUCUACGAUCUUUUCUCAUUUCCGUCAGGUCGUAUGGCGGCAGUUAUUCCCUCAUGAUCACAGGCUUGAUGAUUCUUCUGGAUCUGAUAGUCAUUUUAUGACUCUUAACAUGGACUUCCUAGAGCAGGAAGCCACUCGUUUCCCUCCUCUUUCCCACGCUAUGAUGGCUGUAUCAGCCCUUAGUCUCUCGCACAGCGGCACAGGUCACAAUGUCGAUGCGCUACAAUAUUAUCAGCAAGCUUUCCCCUCGCUCCAAGUCAGUCUACGGAACAAUGAUGAUCUUGUUUCCGACGGACUGUUCCUCACCCACUUCCUACUUCUAAUCUACGAGAUCGCGGCUGCCGAACCACACGGCUCGAACCUCUGGUCUCACCAUAUCUCCCGCCUCCUUCAUAUCGCCUUCCUUCGACGCGCCAAGUACGGCCAAGAACCCCACCCAUUUAUCCUCUGGUGGGUGUGCCACAUUGACUUGUACGCCCUGUUCAGUGGAGCAGGGACGGGAGAGUUUGUACAAGCUGUCAUCGACCACCAGAUGCUCCCGGGCUCCGAAUGUCUUCUCUACCCUUCUGCCCCAGAGGGCUACAGUGUGAUUUACUCCGAUGAGCAUGAGAGCUUACCGGUGAUUAUGCGUCUAUACCACGACACAUUCCGGCUCGCCGCUCAACUUGGCUUCUUGGCUACUCGGCUUCGUCACGAUAAACAGAACGUCCCCUUUGAAGAGUUCGAUAAGAGGUCCCAUGAAUUAAGCGAUCUGCGUGGGGCUUUCGGGAGCCUGUGGGAAUCACCUGAUGUCGCUUUCUUGCAUCAACAUCAGGAUAACCUCCCGCGACGGUCUCGGGAACUUAUGCAGCAGUCCGCUACACUAUACCAUGUUUGUCAACUCUUCUCUUACAGCAGCAUGUGGCCCGGACAACGUGUCGAGUCGGGCUUCUCCCCAGACGGCGAAAUCGACCAUCACGUAACAGAGAUCCUACGCUUAGCCGAGCGAACCACACACACUCGACGCGCUGAUCGACACUUCCUCGUCUUCCCCUUAUUCCUAGCAGGUGCCACGGCAUCAGCUAGUGGAUUGAAGAUGAUGGCAAUGGAAUUGAUGACUAGCAUGGAAGACGAGGAAGACGGCAUGGGCCGCAACGCAGCAACGACUCGUGCCAUCCUUCAAAUUGUCUAUGCGCGGCAGUUGGAGCGACUUAUGCAUGUGGGUCAUACGUUGGAUGUGGAUUGGUCUAACCUGAUGGCUCAGGAGGGACUUCAGAUGGUCAAUUUCGGGUUUUGA